GCUGCAUUAGGUACCUACAUAGGAAUUAGCGUUACAACCUCCCCUCGCAACCUUCUACCUACAUACAACCUCUACAUACAACCCUGCCCUUGCCUUACCUCAGGUGUCCAAUUACCUCGAGUUUAAUCUCCCCUAUUCGCAUACCUCACAUACCACAUUCUCACAUCCUCAGACGCCAUUCACCAUUCCGGGUAUUAUAGGCACACAUUCUCUAUUAGUUGCCUACUUACUUUGCUCGGUUCGGAGGAGAGAGGCCGCAUAUCAUCACAGCCCCGCCGAACCGCUCCGCCUCGUUUGUCCUACCCCCUAUCUACUAGACUCACCGUCUAAUAGUCUAAUAGGACCUCCUGGAUUUCGUGGCUCUCGAGUACAAGUAAAUAAGGACAUCUCACCUGCGGUCAACUCGGAAGCAAACAUCAGAACCAUCUCAGUCUAAACACCUCCAAUAUAAGUCCAAGUCAUCACCACCCGGGCCCCAAUGGCAAACGACAAAGACAUCAUCACCUGCCAUAUUCUGGACACCUCCGUAGGCAAGCCAGCCAAGGGGGUCCGCGUCAAGCUGGAAGGCGGACAUGCUCCUCUAAAGACUUUCGAAUCCCAGACUGAUGACGACGGCCGCAUCAAGGCCUGGCUACCAUAUUCCAGCAUCCACUCGUCAGGAGAUGUACCUACUUACACUCUGGACGACGUGUUGAGCGAGGUGGAAACUAAGUCUACCUGGACUCUACGCUUCGACACAGGGAGCUACUUCGGCGAGGGAAACACUUUCUUUCCCGAAGUUCUGGUCUCGGUCACCGUCGAAAAAGGCCAGCAUUACCACGUGCCACUGUUGCUGUCUCCUUAUAGCUAUACGACCUACAGAGGCAGUUAAGGCGAAUGUUAAAGGGGGGCUAAAGGGGGAAGACCGAACCCACUGGAGACGCUAUGGAGAAAGAGCCUAUGGUUUGGAGAAACCCCAAUAUAGACUACGACGGUAAUCCGGCUACAAUCGGUUUCUAUCUUAGCUACAGAUAUUAAGUAUCUUUGGCAUAUCAUCAUCUACAACAGUUUAGGCCUGACGCGCUUUCCCAAGCACGUAUGGGGUGGAAUGCUGGCCAGAGAACCCUCGCAUAAAGGGGAAACCUUCGUUAGGACUUCAGUUCAGACUUACAGCACAAUAAAAACUAAGCCACGUUUCUUAUUAUCGAGUUUUCACUAUGAUUAUUCUUGGACC